CAGUGGCGGCACAUUAGCCGCGCGGCACAUACAUCCCACAUUGUAACAGGGGAGGUGUUCGGCCUCCACUUUGCAUAGUUCCACAAACACCGUAAUCAGGAGUAUGUAUAAGACCGGGCUCCUGACGGUGCCGAGCGACCACAAAGUCGCUAGAAGUCUUUAAACAAGGAACACCAGAACGGAUAACAAAUACACUGGAACAUUCAUUGAAAGAACGCAUAGCUGACAGUUCGGCUGGUGUAUGUAAUUGUAUUCUAAGAGGAAAUAAUUGCUGUUCAUUAAGACCUGAGUCGAGUCUUGUUGAUGCACCGUAAUCUCAGCACUCAAUCUGGAGGAGGAACUCCAAUACUACACAUAUGUGAGUGGGAGGUGCGACGUCUAUGAUUGUUUUGGAAAUCUUUGUGUUGGUACUGGCGCUGCGUGGAUGAUUCUUUCGUCAUGCUGACAAUACCUUCUGGUGGUCAGUGCGCGUUGGCGAGGACAAGGGACAGAUAAAGAAGAACUCUCGGUCAAGAGAAUCUGGACAUCUGUCAGAUAAGCGAUUUAACGCUUGUAAAACUCUCAUUAUAGCAUACCACUCCAGAAGUACGCAACUCAACAUAUCCUUGCAUCAACAUUUGGCUCCCAGAUGGAAAGCUUUGGACGUAGGUGCCCCACAAUUAGGGAGUAAGAUAAAGAUCUGUGGAUAAACGCAAGGAAGCUCAUCGUGGUUCGUUAGGCUUGGCAUCCCACACUUGGUGUUCUCUGGUAAAAGCGCUCUCAAAGAAACCUGAGCCCCACCUUCACAUUGGACCUCCCUUGAUGAGCGGAGGAAUGUAUUCACACCUGUCGCUGCACCAAACACAAGCUGUGAGGAGCCGAGAUGGGGGAAGAGGAAGUACUUCUCAUUGAAACCAGGAACCCAAACUUCACGGAUUACCUCCCUUUGGAUGACCAUAUUACCGGUGAAUGGUUAAUGACCACUCCCAGAAACUCAAAGGAAUAUGUGUGGACCCCUGAGGUUAAGGAACGUGUCACUGUCGUGGCGAUUAUAAUGGUAUGUACGAUUGUUGGCAAUUCUGUGUUAAUGUUGAUGCUGCUAUGUAAGCAGUCGAGAAGGAUUAAGAGAGUGAAUGUGUUUCUUGUCAACCUAGCCAUUGGAGAUAUAGCUGUAGCACUUAUCACAAACACAACUGAGAUUCUUUUUCUUGCCUUUGGAGAUUGGGCUUUGGGGCCUGUUUUAUGCAAGCUCUCUGUAUAUUUACAAAUAGUGACACUAGCUAGUGCGACGUUUCUGCUCACAGCUAUGAGUAUUGAUAGAUAUCAAGUGAUCGUGAAACCUAUGCAGACUUUGGCCAAUCGACCCCGGAUAUGGUUGAAGGUGACUGUAGCCUGGACGAUGGCCUUUGUGUUCGCCCUGCCCCAGUUAGCUAUAUUCGUGCAGGUGAAUAAAGGUGUGAAGUAUGACGGGACGCCAAAACGUCUCUGCCUCAGUCGAGGCUACACGGAGGAAUGGCAGCGAAAGUUCUAUUUUACAUUCAUGACAACAUACAUUUUACUGGUUCCAGCGUCUGUUAUGUUGUUCUGUUACUCCAAUAUCAUCACAGUUGUAUGGGCUCGCGCUUCCACGAACGAGCACCCAAGUAGUAAAUCACACUCGCUUUAUGGUAAAAAACGACCUACGCCGACACCCCCUAAACCAGGGCAGGAUUACCCAAGGAUCUCUGUUCGUCGGGGCUUAGUUACAGCAUCCAAACGAAGAGCAAUUGUGAUGACAUUGACCGUCAUCAUCGGUUUUCUCGUGUGCCUCACGCCAUAUUUUAUUGUCACCUUGAUGCGGAUAUAUUCCAAUUACAAGCUAAAACUCAAAGAUGCCUUAAUCGUGUCUGAGAACAUUUUCAUGACUCACAGUGCUCUGAAUCCAGUUCUCUAUGGCCUCUUCACAUUACGACCCAAACAUUUGAAGAGAAUAUUCCGAUGUCUUUGCUGUAACAGUAGAAACAUACGGAAGUCGAGCGAAAAAAAUAGACUCAUAAAUGGUGGUACGCAUCGAAAGUGUCGAGCGUCUGAAGGAACCUUCAAAACCAAAGCGAAGCGAAUUACCCUUCCUUCUGCGGAAGUAACCAACGACUUAGUGGCUGAAAAUACGCAUGCGCUAAUGUUACUGAAUAAAGGAAAUACACCAACGAGCGACGGUGACGGAUAUGAAAGAUCCAUUGACGCCAAAAGAGCUCUGUGCAGUGAAAGUUACAGGAAGUAUGGUCCACCGGAACAGUGGUUACCGAGUCGCAAGAUUAGCAAUGAUGAAUGCCUUAGUGCGGUGUAAUUACAAGGGGCUGAUUUGCAGCUAAUGGCAUCCCUCUAGGGACGAAUUUCAUACUGCACCGUUAGUUGUAUCGUGCCCCCCGUGACACUGCUCGUACAUACUUCAUUAUCUGGACUUAAAACGGACUAUAUGCAAAUAUAAGGAAUGAGUUUAGUGUUAUUAAUUAUAUUUCCUUCAUUCCAUAUCUCAAAACGUUUAGCCUCUCCUCUAUUGUUUUAUUGAUUAAAAUUUUAAGCCGUUCUGUGAAUUAUACAAGAAUUAAAUUACUCAUUACACUAUC